AUGAGUGGCGCCGAGGCUUUGUCUGUCAUUGGCCUCAUUUCAGGCGUGAUUUCAAUCAUCGAAGCGACUAAAACCGUAUAUGAUGCCGCCAAAGACGCGCAAGGUCAGCCACAGGCAUUUCGUCAGGUGGCUGCACGGCUGCCACUCGUCGUCAAUAUCCUUGACAACGCCAGAAAGAGAGCACAUGCGCUCGAUGAGACCGCGCAGGAGGCAUUGGAACCAACCUUAAAGUCGUGCGAAGCCAAGGCUAAGGCCCUCCAGAAGAUAUUCCAGAAGGUUGUUCGAAAGGAUGACGACAAGUGGUACGAUCGAUACAAGAAAGCCGUAGGAGGUACACUGGGAAACCAGGGUAAAGUGGAGCAGUUAAUGGAGGGGAUACUAAAGGACGUCCAGGUUCUUGCAUACGAAAAGCUGACAGGAACUGCCAGCGAUGCCGAAAUGGAGGAGAUCAAAGAGGCGAUCAAGCAAAUGAAAGAUAUGCCUUCCUCUCUUCAGGAAGAAACUGAAGAUGCUCUUUCUCAGCAUCACCAGGGUAGCGGCGACAAUAUUGGAGCUACAGGGGGGGCGACCUUUAACCUCCACAAAGGCACUGGGGAUCAGUAUAAUAACGACAUUAGAGGGGACGCGCAUUUUCGCAGUAAGAACUAG